AUGUCUUUGCUCUCGCGACUGGUCACGGGCUCGGCUUCGGCCAUCGUCCGGAAACCGGCGGUUCAUUUCAAAAUUCCGAUAAUAAAGGUUGUUGUUCGAAGACCUGUUGUCCUUGGUGUGCCGCUGGUGGAGCGAUUAACACCUGCGCAGCGACGAGUGAUUGGAGCCUGGCUACUCGGAUGUGCUGGAAUGGUCUAUGGGGCAGUUGCACUGGGAGGCGUCACCAGGCAUGAGCCAAGACUGAGUAUGGUGAACUGGGAUCUAUUUCGUACAAUGAAGCCACCAUGGGGUCAACAGCAGUGGGAAGCGGAAUUCGAACGUUACAAGCAGUUUCCAGAGUACAAAUACAAAAGUAGCAACGAGGAAAUGACGAUGGCACAGUUCAAAUUCAUUUGGGCAAUGGAAUACAUCCAUCGAAUGUGGGGACGAGCUCUGGGCAUCAUCUUCUUGGCUCCAUGUGUAUAUUUCUGGGCACGAGGACGUUUUGCUUCACCGAUGAAAAAACGAAUGCUAAUUGCUGGCAGUUUAGUUGGCCUGCAAGGCUUAAUCGGUUGGUGGAUGGUAAAAUCAGGACUCGACCCGAACAAUAAUUCAAACAAGGAUAUUCCGCGUGUCUCGCAAUAUCGCUUGGCCACACAUCUGACUUUGGCAUUCGUUUUAUACACAGUCUUUUUGUGGACAGGCCUAUCGCAUGUUUUCACACCGCAUGAUCACACAAAUAUCAACAAAAUUGGACGACUGCGUGGCAUGACACAUCUGUCAAAAACACUUAUCGUCCUCACGGCGGUAAUGGGCGCAUUUGUGGCUGGUCUCGAUGCUGGCCUGGUCUAUAAUUCAUGGCCAAAAUAUGCUGAUCGAUGGCUUCCCGAAGAUUUAUGGCUCACUGAUCCGAAAUGGCGCAACAUUUUUGAAAAUCCAACAACCGCUCAAUUUAUGCAUCGAAAUAUGGCUUACUUGACGCUGGCUUCGGUGACAUUGACAUGGCUUUUCGGACGCCGCAUGCAACUCGGCCGACGCGCCAAAAUUGCGCUACAUUCAAUGAUGGGUAUGAUGUAUGCGCAAGUACUACUUGGCAUUGCUGCUUUGGUAUGUUCAUUUUAA